UGUUGCCUGCCACACUCACCUAGAACCUCCUCCUGGCCCAGACAGGCCAGUCUGUGUCUCCUGGUCUCUCCUAGUCAAUGCUGAGCCGCAAGCAGCUGGUGCAGGCAGCACAGCUCGCAGAACAAUGUGGCAGAUACAAGGACAUGGCCACUGCCAUGAAGCAGCUUGUGGUGGAAGGGAAGGAGCCAUUGACUCACGAGGAGAAGACCCUGCUCUCUGAGGCUCACAAGCUCCUAAUACAGGAACAUUGUUCUUCUUGGCGGCGGCUAAAGUGCUCAGUGGAGCAAGGGGUUGGAAAGCAGAAGGAGCAAGCCCAGGCCUAUCGUGAGGCUAUCAAAAAAGAACUGGAAGCACAAUGCUGGGAGAUUCUUAGCUUGCUAGACAAUGUCCUGCUGAAGCACUGCAGUGAGUCAGAUGAUGAAAGCCGGGCUUUUUACCUGAUCAUGAAAGGAGACAACUACCGCUACUUAGCUGAGGUGGCCCUGCCUGAUGCCAAGGAGACACUCGUUAAGUCUGCAGAGAAAGCCUAUGGAGAAGCUCAAGAACUUAGUCAGAAGUACAUGGAACCCACUCACCCUUUGGCCCUGGCCCUGGCCCUGAACUACUCUAUGCUUUAUUAUGAAGUCCUCAACAACCCCCAGCAGGCAACCAAACUAGCCAAAGCUGCCUUUGAUAAGGCCAUUGCUGGCUUGGAGACCCUCAGCCUAGAGUUCUACAAGGAAUCCACAGUCAUCAUGCAGCACCUGAGGGACAGCAUUGUGCAGUGGACUAGUGAUCAACAACCACAGGUGGAGAACAAUGUGGGAGAGCUUGAAGGCUAAUAGCCAGGUCCUGAAACUGGCACUUAAACCACCAUGAAAUGAACCAUAAGAUUAAAGGGUGUGUGGGUGGGAUACAGGUGCCGUCUGUAACUUGUCUUGCAUUCAUCCAGGUAUCAGGCCCAUUCCCAUGAUGAUUAACAUAGGCAUAAGUGUCUGUGGUCCUUUAUCUCCUGAUUAGAAAUAAAAGCCCAUUCCUGAUGUGCUUUGAUUCAA